AUGCGCAUGACCUUGAUCCUCCGCGCACGAGAAUAUCAACAGCGCGGUGCGCCGACGGGUGAGAAGUGCGAAGGCUGUCUUCGUGCACAGAGCGAGUGCGUCUUUGCCGAUAAACCACAAAAGCUACUCAGCUCGUACCCAGCAAGUCUACCAACGACCUCUGCAGCGCAACGCAACGGAUCCAGUGGCAGUGAGAUUUCACUGGCUGCAGCCACUUCUGGUCGUGCGCAUAGUCUACCGAAUGUCUCACAGCCGGGUGAACAUCAUCCCAUGUCAAAUGGCUCGUCGCAUGCGACUUCACGAUCAGUGCCGUACCCCAUGUCACCAACACACGGCCAAAAGCGAUCCGCUCAAAGUAUUCAACGCGUCGUUUCGCAUCCCUAUGCGCGGCCUUCCUCUGCAAGUCGUUCGACGUCUGGUGAUUUAGCAGUGUCGAGUAAUCUUAUGCGUUACUCACAAUCGCUGAUUCAAGCACAAGCAAAUCAGCUCAGUGGUCGUGGACAACAGCAGUUUCGCGUACAAUCUCAAAGUCCUACAAUGAUGCAUGCGCCGUCCCUUAAUCGACCAACUUCGAUACAGCAGCAGCAGCAAUCAAGCUUUUAUGAAGCAAGUCAUGCACAGAGCUUUGUGGGCGGUUCGCCCACCCUGCAAGAUUGGCCUGUGCAGAUGGGUUAUUCACCUUCUGCUUCGGAUAUGGCAUAUGGCGCAGCGCAGAUGGACGAUGGUCGAUACAAUACGUCUAUGUAUGGCCUCCAACCGAGUCUAUACUCCGUCUCGACACCUGAGCUGGUGAGCAGUGAUUCGCUUGGGACCUUGUCAACCCUCUCUGGUGGUAGGUAUCCCCUCAAGCACGACGCAAUGCACGGUGAUGGCACAUACAUGACCAAUCAACAUGCCUUGUACAAAGGUGAUAUUGCCAUGACGAUGCAGCAACAACAACAUUUACUACAAUUGCAAGCCGCCUAUGCAAGACCCGCUACACCGCAUGAACCUGUCUCGGACCCAAAACAAUGGACACCGGGCGCUGAUCGGCUUUCGCAGUACUUGCGCUUUGAUUUCACCUCAUCGCAUGAUGCAUCACGCGAAGGCUUUGAUUUUGAAGGAGCACGGCAUGGCUAG